UUUCCGAAGGAAAACAAGCUCAUUAAUCCAGUCUCAGCCUGACAUAGCCAAAGAUACAAGCAGCAUUCUCCCGGGAGCAGCCUGGCUUUGUAGAUCGUGAAGAGGAUGGAGAGGCACGUGACCAGGGGGCCUCUGUAUAAACACUUUGAAUGGGAGAGGAAGAGUGCCAGGCAGGCCGAAGCCAGGCUCGGCCAAAGACUGCAGAGGCUGGAGCACGUCUGCCUGUACCACCUGCAGGGGCUGAGCCGCGAACAGAGGCAGCUCCAGAAGAACCUGCAGAGGCUGCAGGAAGAUGUUCUCAAGAAAAAGCUCUCCUCUUCUUUGGGGAAUGGAAUUCAGAAGAGACCAGAAGAUGCCCUGGUGGCCUCACCACCAAGAGGGAAGAAGCAUGGACGUCCACACACUGAUAACAUUCGAGCACUGGCCACCGACAUGACCCACGAAAUAUACAGAACCAAGUCCCAGAAGGCUCUUUUCCAUCACGCUGACCUCAAAGACCCCACGAAAAGCAAAGAGCAGUCGCUACCUCAAAAUUACAGAGCUCCUCACUUCCCAGCAGAGAAGCCACAAGCCCAAAAAAAAGAUCUUAUGAGCCCACCAGAGGGCAAAGACUCCCACAAGGGGGUCUCUAUUCUAUGUCAACAUCAAGAAGUCUCCAUCGACACCCUAGACCAAGGCCAUGGCUCCAGCCCAGCUUGUGAAAGUGGAACCGCACCCAUCGAUGAGACCAGACCAAAGGAUGCCAGCCUAACGCCAGACCCCAGCGCUGGGAGUCAAAGCCCCCCGAAUCCCACAGAAUGUGCAGGAAAUUUGAAAGGCGAGCCCCUAACACCUACCCUCUUAGAGCUGUUUGCUAAGGUCAGAAAUGCCCACUACCUUCGGCACAGGGUCCCCCCUGAGUCUGAGAGAUUGCUUAGCAUUGGGGAGAUAUUCGGGCACAAGGAAUAAAUCUUUACAGCCCAGAGCAGGACAGGAGUGUAAGAACAGGGUAAGUAUCUAAUUUCCUUCCUCUCUAACCACCUCGUAUAACCUCACAAUAACUUACUAAAAAGAUGCAGUCCUCAAGUAACUGUAUAUACACAUACAUGUAUAGGUACACACACAUACACACACACGUAUAUCCGUAAGUAUAUGUCAAUUUUAUUUUAAACCCUCAGGUUUUCCUUGUUUUCCUUUUACAGAGAUAUAAUCUCUCACUGAAUGAGCAAUACAAGUAUAUGAAAAAGGAGAGGAGAGAUGAAUCAUCUGAGAACACUUUAAGAAGUGCGCAUUUAUUGCUGAUUUUAUAAAAAAUAUGAAUCUACAUUGAUGACUAUGCUUUUUUUGAAACAAGUUAUGAAGGGGCCUGCUUACGCGGGCCACCCUUUUCCUAUAGGAAGUUCUUACAGUGCCACCUGCUGGCCAAAGGACAUAGCUCUCCUCUCAAGGUCACAGGUGACAUCCAGGCAGGAAGAGGAACUCAGCUGGCAAUAGGUACCCUCUUAACGGUCUAUCAUUAAAGCCUGCUCUCUCCUGCCGCAGCCCUGGGCUCUUCCGGAAGUCCUUCCCUCCCCUCCUUCCUUUCUACCUGGCUCCAUUUUAGUUUUCUCGUUCUUGCUUUCCAUCUGCUCAUAUCACACUUUUUGGAUCCUAAUAAAAGAAUAAUAAACAAUUUA